AUGAAGUCCACAAUCUUCAUGGCCGUUGCCUCGGGCAUUGUCUUCGGUGCUGGUGCCGUCAACAACGACAUCAUUCGCGUUGGAGACAUCAACACCAACGAGCCUAUCCUCGAGCUCACCACCAUCCUCGAUGGCCCUGGUGCCUUCAUUCCCACCUCUGUCGGUGGCAAUGGUGUCACUGUCAUCCAGUCAACCAUGUGUCGCCCUAUCACCACCGAGACCUGCGAGGUCUUGGAGGUCACCUCUACCAUUCCGGUCUCUGAGUCUGCCACCUCUGCUGUCACUUCCGAGGUCAUCACUACCUCGUUCACUGAGCUUGUCACUUCGGAGACUUCCAAGGUCACUACCUCUACCGACAUUCAGGUCACUCAGUCGACCCAGUCUACUGGCACCAUCCAGACUCCCAGCGCCACCGCUGCUGCUCACAAGAAGGAGUCUGAUGUCAGCGGUGUUCUGGCUGGCGUCGCGCUUCUGAUGCUGCUCUAA